ACGGUCGCUUUAAGGAGUUGCACAGUGUUCCUGUUGAGGCACACGUGAGCUCUCGUGUAAAUGUGAAUAUCGUAAUAAGAAACAAAGUAUUGUAAAAGCAGGAGGUACAUUCUGUUUACUUGGAACUUGCAGGCAUGGGGAGGCUGAGAAAGAAACACAACUGGAAGGCAAGAGAGCAAAACCCAGCAGCUCCCAAACCUGCUGAAGACAUGAAGAGUGAAGUGCUGCUGGAGUUAGACAAAUCCACCAUGCUGAAGGGAGUGGACGAGAGUAACACACUGGUUCUCCCAGGCACCAAAGCUAAGAAGAAGAAGGUGGAGCAACCUGUCCCUAAGAAAAAACCUUUGACCAAAAAGCAGAGGAAGAAUCUGCAGAAAGUUCUGGAGCAAAAAGAGAAAAAAGCUCAUCGAGCAGAUAUCUUGGAAAAAUUGGCGGAAGUUCAGCUGCCAGAAUCUGAGCUGAAGCUGCUGUACACAACCUCCAAACUGGGCAUCGGAGAUAAACUUUACCAAACUAAAGACGUUAACGUUGAAGGUGUGGAUGAUGAUUCAACCGCGAUCAAAAUCAGCAGUCUUAGUGGCGCUAACAGGAAGAGGAAGAGAAAAUUGGAUGAUGAGGAUGGGGAUGAAAGUGAAGAACCAGACUCUUCUGAGGAGGAGACAAGCGGCAUGUCAGACUCUUCUUCUGAGGAAGAGGGAGAUGAGGUGGAGGAUGAUUUAGGAGAUGAGGUUUCAGAAAAAGCAGUGCCUGCAGUAAAGGAGGAACAGGAGGCAGAAACAACAGUGGUGGAAGUAAAGAAGGAGGAGAAAAAAGAAGAUGGAAAAACGGUUGUGCACAAGAAAACCGACUGUCAGCCAGCUGUGUUCAUUCCUGUGGACAGACUGCCGGAGAUCCAGGAGGCACGGCUGAAGCUGCCAGUGUUGGCAGAAGAGCAGGUGAUCAUGGAGGCAGUGAAGGAGAAUGAUUGUGUGGUGUUGUGUGGAGAGACUGGUAGUGGCAAAACCACACAGGUUCCCCAGUUCCUCUAUGAGGCUGGAUAUGCAAGUGCUGGUGGUAUGAUCGGUGUGACUGAGCCCAGAAGAGUGGCGGCAGUCAGCAUGUCUCACCGUGUGGCCAAUGAGAUGAACCUCUCCACAGGGGUGGUGUCUUAUCAGAUCAGAUAUGAAGGCAAUGUGACAAAAGACACCAAGAUUAAGUUCAUGACGGAUGGUGUCUUGCUGAAAGAAAUUCAAAAGGACUUCCUGUUGCAGAAAUACAGUGUGAUCAUAAUUGACGAGGCUCACGAGCGCAGUGUCUACACUGAUAUCCUCAUCGGCCUGCUCUCACGAAUUGUGGCACUCCGCAAUAAGAAAGGUUUGCCCAUGAAACUGCUGAUCAUGUCCGCUACACUGCGAGUGGAGGACUUUACUGAGAACAAGAAAUUGUUUCGCACUCCUCCACCAGUUAUCAAGGUGGAAGCUCGUCAGUUCCCAGUCACGGUUCACUUCAACAAGCGCACACCGAUGGAGGAUUAUGUUGCAGAGGCCUUUCGCAAGACAUGCAAGAUUCACCGCAUGUUGCCGCCAGGUGGUAUCCUGGUGUUUCUGACCGGCCAAGCAGAGGUGCAUUAUGUGUGCAGGAGACUGAGGAAGGCUUUUCCUUAUAGACCCAACAACAUACAGCAUACUGCAGCAGAGGACACAUCAGAAGAGCUGAGAAAAUUUAAGAAGCAGAAACUGAAAAAAUCAGUGUCUCUUCCUCGCAUCGAUCUGGACAACUACUCUGCCCUACCCGUGGAUGAAGGGGAUGAAGAUCGCCAGGCUGGCAUUGAUGAUGACGACGAGGGCUCAGAUCUGGAUCUAGGCGAUCAACCAGAUGACACUGGGGAGAAGGCCGAUCCCACCAUUCCUUUAUACGUGCUGCCACUUUAUUCCCUGCUGGCACCUGAGCAGCAAGCCAGAGUGUUCCGUCCACCUCCUCCAGGUGCUCGCUUGUGUGUGGUGGCCACCAAUGUGGCAGAAACAUCCCUCACUAUUCCAGGAAUUAAAUAUGUGGUUGACUGUGGUCGGGUGAAGAAGAGAUUUUAUGACAGAGUGACUGGAGUCUCUUCCUUUAAGGUCAACUGGACAUCUCAGGCCUCAGCCAAUCAGAGAGCAGGAAGGGCAGGAAGAACUGAGGCAGGACAUUGCUAUAGGCUCUACUCAUCUGCGGUUUUUAGUGAUUUCAGCCAGUUCUCUGAGGCUGAAAUCACUCGUCGUCCUGUUGAUGACCUUGUUUUGCAAAUGAAAGAUCUCAACAUUGAGAAGGUAGUGAAUUUUCCGUUCCCUACUCCACCCUCCUCUGAAGCGCUGGUGUCUGCUGAGCAGCUACUUAUCUCUUUGGGUGCUCUAGAGGAACCACCUCGCCAGGGACGUAUGGUGGAUAUGGAGAGGGCACGUUUAUCAUGUCCUAUAACUCCUCUGGGACGUGCCAUGGCAGCAUUUCCUGUUGCACCACGCUAUGCUAAGAUGCUUGCACUGGGCCGCCAGCAGGGCUGCAUGCCCUACAUCAUAACGGUAGUGGCAGCCAUGACUGUUAGAGAAAUCUUUGCGGAACUGGACAGGCCAGCGAGCAGUGAAGAAGAGAGCAGUAAGCUGGCUGGAAGAAAAGCACGCUUCAGACAGAUGAAGAGGUUGUGGGCAGGCCAGGGCCAGUCUUUACUGUUAGGAGAUCUCAUGGUGAUGCUUGGUGCUGUAGGGGCUUGUGAGUUUGCUGGCUGCACGCCAAACUUCUGUGAAGAAAAUGGACUUCGCUACAAAGCUAUGUUGGAGAUACGGAGGCUGCGGGGACAGCUCACUAAUGCAGUGAAUUCUGUGUGUUCUGAUGCUGGGGUGAGUGUUGACAACAAAAUGGCCCCCCCGACUGAAUCUCAGGUAGUGUGCCUGAGGCAGAUUGUGUUGGCUGGUUUAGGAGAUCAUCUGGCCAGACGAGUACAAGCUGAGGAGCUACUGGAUCCAAAGUGGAGAAAUGGCUACAAGACUCCUCUGCUGGAUGAGCCAGUGUUUAUACAUCCUUCCUCUGCACUUCACAAAGAACUGCCUGAGUUUGUUGUUUACCAAGAAAUCAUGGAAACUACCAAAAUGUACAUGAGAGGAGUGUGUGCAGUGCAGGCUGAUUGGAUCCCAAAGCUCCUGCCCCAGUACUGUCACUUCAGUGGACCAGAACAAAGCCCUGCCCCAUGGUACUGCACCCUCAGUGGCAACGUGAAGUGUCAACAACAGAGCACCUUCUUCAGAGUGGGAUGGAAGCUUCCUGCCAUUGAGAUGGAUCAUCCUGAAGGCCUUGAGCGAUACAAACUGUUUGCCAAGUUUUUGCUGGAAGGACAGGUGUGUCCCAAAUUACAGCGACACAGUACAUGUUUACUGUCAAGCCCUGCUACCAUGCUGAAGACUUGGGCCAAGCUGCAGCCUCGAACAGAAAAUCUUUUAGGAGCGUUAGUGUCAGAAAAAGUGGACAACCGAGAUGCCUUACAAGCUGCAUGGAAGAAAAAUGAAAAAUUUCUCCUGUCAGCAUACUGCCAGUGGGUUCCAAAGUCUCUUCACGAAGAAGUCACCAAGAGCUGGCCUCCUGUCUGACACACACACUGCCCCUGUAAAAUCAUAAGCAGAGCUGGUCUUGCAGGAUUCACACCUGCAUAAGCACAUUUCUCAAAGCUGCAGAAGAUUUUCCCUUGUCUCUGCAGAGACUGACGGACAUUUUUACCAGCUUCAUAUAUUUAUUCAUGAACUCACUGUGGACUUCUGUGGAAAUGUGGAAUUUCUGUUCAUAUAUUUAAUCCUGAACCGAAAAGAAUCACCAUUGAAAGUAUGACUAGGCUUAAACUGACUUAUCUGGCAUUUCAGAUUGUGGUCAUUACGAGGGCAAGAAACAGUUUGUGUCCAAACUGAUACUCUUACUAGUUGUGAAACUACCACAAAUAAACACUUUUUUUUUAUUUUUUUUUUU